AUGGAUCAAAUGCUACCGAGUCCGGGGUUUUCAAUCCCGAGCAUCGGGACUCCCUUACAUCAGCCUGAAGCUGACCAGCAAAUCCUGCCGACAGCGGUUUUCCAGCAACAACUCGCGUCCAGUCAGCAAAUGCAACAAAUGAACCAAAUGGCUGGGCAGCAAGUAGGCCAGUCAAUGGGACAAGGUAUGUCUGGUGGAAUGGGCCAAGGCAUGGGUUCGUUUGGGGAUAUGAGCGGACUCGGAAUGCCAUCAUUGAUGGCGACCCCAACAAAACAAAUGCACACUUAUAACCCCAGUUUUACGCCACAAAGCAUGAUGCAGCCGCAGACACCGCAAAGCCUCAUGUCCCCGAUGGCACCAAUGACGGAACGCACGGAAAAUAUUGGCAGCGUAAACAUCCACCAGACUAUGGGCCCUGCUACUCCGAUGACCCCUAUGACGCCUGGAUCUGCGGAUCCGGGAAUAGUUCCCCAAUUACAGAAUAUCGUAUCCACUGUGAAUCUAAGUUGUAAGCUGGACCUGAAAAAGAUCGCUCUACAUGCACGUAACGCCGAGUACAAUCCAAAGCGUUUCGCCGCCGUCAUCAUGCGAAUUCGAGAACCCCGAACGACCGCCUUAAUUUUCUCGUCGGGUAAAAUGGUGUGCACGGGCGCAAAGAGCGAAGAGGAUUCACGUUUGGCGGCCAGAAAGUACGCUCGAAUCAUACAGAAACUUGGCUUCAUGGCAAAGUUCUUAGACUUCAAAAUCCAAAACAUGGUGGGCAGUUGCGAUGUGAAAUUCCCAAUUCGUCUAGAGGGUCUGGUGCUCACGCACGGCACUUUCAGCUCCUACGAACCUGAGCUGUUCCCUGGUCUUAUUUAUCGAAUGGUCAAACCUAGAAUAGUAUUGUUGAUAUUCGUCUCAGGGAAAGUGGUGCUGACGGGCGCCAAGGUCCGACAGGAGAUCUACGAAGCAUUUGAUAAGAUCUUCCCGAUCCUGAAGAGUUUCAAGAAGCAAUGAAGUCGUUUUUCUGCGAGCGGACAAAAUUGCGACUUGUUAGUUGUAAGCGGUAUGUUCUUGAAGAUUCGGUAGAUAAAAUUCGCCGUGAAUGAGAUGGAAUGAAAGUUGUUUAAGGCAUCUGGAUUUGAUUCUUUGUCGUAGUGACCGUGUAUAAUACAAAGUGUUUUCAAUUGGGCUACGGAACACGCCUGGUAGUAUCUCUAACGAAUUUUAUCGUUGCAGAAGAUAUGAUAAUAGUUGAUUGUCUGAUAAUCAUAAUUUUUGUAAAAUAAAACUUAAGAUAUUGCAUAAGUA